AUGGUUCCUGUCCUGAUUGGCAUGCUUGGAGAUGACAGCGUCGUCCUGCGCCUCACCAGCCUCGGUAAUCCCCUUGUCCUGGAGCUUCGCUCGCCUGGGACGUGCUCCGGUAUCCCACCCAAUGAGUGUGAGCCUGCUCCUUGCCGCAUCACGCAAAGCUCAGUCGACACAGCCCGGAGCGUUGCUGAAUUGAUGACGCUGGGACAAGCCAUGCAGCAAUCUAGCAAUCUGGUUUAUUAA